CGAAGCUGCCCUGGAAUGUUUGGUGUUGAUCCAAAAGCAAGUCUGCUGGCGAGGGCGGCCGCCCGCUUGCGUCAGCCCGACUGGGACGGGAUAAAAAGCCCUCGCUUCAGCCACUCAACAGAUACAAACUUCUCGAGAGAGAGAGAGAGAGAGACGGAGAAAAAGACUGAAGACUCAGCAGAUCGACUCGAUCGCAACUGCUUUGCAAGAGGAAGGAAACUCCAGUGCAACAUGUUUGCUGGACUGAAGAACGUUAACUUUGUACCAUUCCUGCUAAUGGCACUGCCUUGUUUGGCCUCCGCCAAUGAAUGCCAGACUCCCUGUAGGUGCCCCGGGAAUCCCCCAGUCUGCCCUGCCGGGGUCUCGCUGGUUACCGACGAUUGCGGCUGCUGCAAGGUCUGCGCCAAGCAAGUGGGCGAGGUCUGCUCCCAACGCCAGCCCUGCGACCACCACAAGGGCCUCUUCUGCUCCAGGGAGCACGGAUUCAACCCCUCCGCCAGCUCUGGAGUUUGUACCGCUAAGGAAGGAGCUCCUUGCAUGAUGGACGGCGCCGUCUACAAGAGCGGUGAAACUUUCCAGAAUGGCUGCAAGUUCCAAUGCACCUGCAUGGACGGUUCCCUCGGCUGCGUCCCUAUCUGCACUCCGAGCAUUCGUCUGGCCACCCCCGACUGCCCCGUGCCCAGGUUGGUUAAAGUACCCGGCAAGUGCUGUGAGAAAUGGGUCUGCGAACAGUCGCGUCGUGACGCUAUCUUUGGAUCCGCACUGGCAGCCUAUAGGGAAGAAGCGACCUAUGGCCCAGACCCCUCCAUGUUCCGUGCCAACUGUCUUGUACAGACUACUGAGUGGAGUGCCUGUUCCAAGACCUGUGGGAUGGGCAUCUCAACCCGGGUAACCAACGACAACAGCGAAUGCAGACUGGAGAAGCAGUCCAGGCUUUGCACUGUCAGGCCUUGCGAAAUGAAUAUGAAAGAGACGAUAAAGAGAGGUAAGCGGUGUAUCCGCACACCAAAGGUCUACAGACCCACCAAGUUUGAAUUCUCUGGCUGUACCAGCGUGAAGUCCUACAGAACCAAAUUCUGCGGCGUCUGUACGGACGGCCGAUGCUGCACUCCUCACAGAACCGCCACCCUGCCCGUUGAGUUCAAAUGUCCCAACGGAGAACUCAUGAAGAAAAAGAUGAUGUUCAUCAAGACCUGUGCCUGUCACUACAACUGCCCCAUGGACAAUGAUAUCUUCCAGUCCUUGUAUUACAGGAAAAUGAUUGGCGAUAUGGCCUAAACUAUGCUGUUGACCAGAGACCACGUAACUGGAAAGAUUAACCCUCUCAGCUGCAGAGGUCACUGCAUUAAACAAAGGAAAACACUGACAUGUUGACAACAUGUCACAGCACUCAGCCUAUAUUUUGAAAAUGCGUUGCUUGUACACUGUUAGCUGUAAUAUUGUAAAUAAUGUACAUAUGUGUACAGUUGUCUUAAGUUAAUUUAAAUGUGCAUUGUGUUUGUUAGCCUUGCAAAAUGGAUAUUGAGAGACGGUAAAGGUGGAAGAAACCUUUCAUGAUCAACAGAUUUAAAGUCAAAAAAAUUUAUUUUGAAUUAUCUUUGACUAUUAGUUAUAGAUCUGACAAGAUGACUGUUUGAUUAUUUUUGUUUUUGAACAGUUGUUGUAAUGUUUGAGAAGUGUAAUCAAAAUUUCAAUGUCUGCACUUUUCUAGUUCAGAAUAAAAUAUAUUUUUGAUAUAAA